AUGGAGUCAGAGAGAGGUCAACAAACAGGUACCUCUGUCUGCAAAUUGACCGUGAAGCCAGAGCAUGAGAAUCUCCAAGAUGUACCAAAGCAGGAGAAAAAGCUCAGGGAAACUGGCAUUAAGAAUGAUCCAAAACCAUGCCAUCCUGAUUCACCAAGAGGUGGUUCUACUACUCCUUUGGAGAAUAGUUCAGCUCCUUCCUCUGUGAUACCUACAACUGAGAAUCAGCCAUCAAAUAGAAUGCUUAAAAUGAAGUUCCAGAAGUAUUCUCCAUAUUUUCAUCUGACCAAGGAGGAGAGGAAGGAAAAAAUUGGUUCUCUACAACAUCUGUCAUUUGAUGAGAAAAAUACAUUAUUAGAGAGAACCAAUUUUUAUGCUACCUAUUUUCAGAAGUCCAGGUGUCUACUCAAUCAAAAUGACAAGGUCACCACAGCAGACCCUGGGUGGCUAUGUAAACCAGGAAGUAUAAAUAUUUGCUUGUCCAGCACAGACACAGUGGAGAUGUGCAACAGGGGUGCAUACAUGCAGCAGCAGGUGAAACAACACAAUCUGCCCCAGAACACCACAAAUGGUGAUCAGAAUUCUAAACCUAUCCCAGAAAUCUCAGCCCAUAAUCCAUCAAUUGUCUGUGGGGCUGUGGAGGAAAACGUGGCCCUCCAACUUGAGAGGAACACAGGCAUUAUGGAACCGGAGGACAUAAACCUUUGCAGCCCUGAACCCACCACUACAUGUCUCACAGAAACUGAAGAGGAUGUGCACAAAAUUACUGUGGAACCACAAGAUGAAACAGUAAUGAAAAAUGACUCACAGAUUCCAUUCCAUCCCCAGACUGUAAACCAAACUGCAUCCUCUGAAAGCAGGCAGGACACAGAGGUGAGGUCCAAUCUUAACUCAGUAACAGAGCAAAAACCUCAGGAUGCUCUAAAUGCAAACUCUGAUGCAAGCAGGCAGAACACAGAGGCAAACUCCAAACCAAAUUCAGUAAGAGAUGAAAAAAAACAAGACAUUGUACCUGUAUUCGCUGAGGGAAACAGACAGAGCAGAGAACUGAAGUGUGAACCAAUCUUAGCAGAGGAAAAUAAAACAAAUGCUCUAAAUUCAGUGGAUGACACAAUGGCGAACGAAAACCCCUCAAAACCAAGGUGUCCAGUCAUUUAUGAGAGCCAUAUUGAAAUCAUGAAUGCUUGUGAAGAGGUUUGUGGUACGGAAACAGAGGAAGUUAUGAGUGCCGAGGUCUUCUGUCCUGGAGUCAUGUCAAGGCAAGAUUAUGAAAGGCUUUUGCAGAAAGACAGAGAAUGCUAUGGAAUUGGCCAACAUCAACAAAAUGAAUCCAAUACAUUUUCUACCUGUGAUGACAUAGCUGAUAAUACUGAGGAAUGGCAGGCUGAUGAUUCAAAAGCCAAAGAUACAGUCUACAGUUUCCUGUUUAACAGGCUGCAACUCAGUGAGCUCUUUCUUUCAACUAAUCAGAAUGGAUCAAGCUCAAUUUCUGGUAAACAUUACCUUAAACCAAAAUGCAAAGACAGUCCUAUGGACACCAAUAAAUCACUCCUUCCGUCCUGCAACCCAAACCAAGUAGACAUGGGAGAGCGAUGUAACCUUCGCAUCACAAUAAAUGCUGAUAGAGAAUUGUCCUCUGUCACGGAAACACCCUCUCUGUCCAAGAGAUUUUCAGUGUCAGAAUGCCCUCAAGGAACUCAAGCCUCACCAACUGUACAGGAAAAUGAAAAGCUUAGCAACAACAGCAUUAUCACUGAAAACACACCCAUUGAGAGUGUUCUGAAAACGACCACCUACUACACCACUUUCAACAGAGCACAGGCCCGUAAUGCCAAACUAAUCAAAAUGAUGGCAGAGAAAUACAAAGGGAAGGAAAAUGCGUCAGUGAGGAUAAUGAGAAAUCAUCAACCUUCAAGAGUGAAGAAGAGAUCUAUCGUUGAAAAACCCACCACUGACAUUCCAUACUCAGAAACAUCGAGAUCUUCCCAUAAAGCCAUUACAGGUCAUAUGCAGAAGCCAUUUAUGCAGAGGGCAAAAUACUGUUUGAAUGUUCCCCACAAAAAUAGGAACUUGAAACAAAAAACUAUUUCCCCCAAUACGGUCACAAGAAAUGCCAGAAAGAAGAAACACAAGUCAUGUUAUAAAUUUAAAUCAAAGGUUGCAUCUCUCAACAUUUCUGUGUCAGACGACUUAAAGACCUCAACGCGAGUUCCCAUAAAAUCAAGAAAAAGCACUAUCAUGAAGACCAUAACAGAUUUUAGGAGAAGAAACCGUUGGGGGACAUUCAAUCACAACAGAAUAAACAGUCAAAGCAACGUGCACAAUGCUGCUGUAAAGUCUAUAUCUUCAGAUGAUAAUGAACUUCUGAGAGGUAAUCGUUUCGAGAAGAAACAUCUGAAGACACCAACUAGAGAGUUAGAAACAAAUAUGUCUAUGAGAGAUGGAAAUGAAAAGAUCAACGAGGAAAAGCAGGUGGCUGAUGCUGUUGACACAACCUUAACUUCGCCGACCAUAGACAUAGUCAAUGAAGAGGCUGCAAAAUCUACUUCUGGGAGCACCGCGAGCAACUUUGUAGAAGACCUUCAACACAUUGAGGAAGCAAAGGAUCGAUCUAAAAGCAGAACUUGCAAUGAAGGCGAGCCACAUGACACAGAAACAUCUCAGGAAACCCAGAGCAAUUGCACUUCUCCUCAGAACAAAUUACCUCCACCGAAAUACCCCAAUAUCGUGGCUAUAAGUCAAGACAAUGAGGGGAUAACUGAGUUUAAAAAACAGGAGGAGGAUCUGCUGAAAGAAAAGGCAUUACAAGCUGAUACACACUCUAUCAAAGAGGUGGAAGAGGCCAACAGUGAUAUGGCGCCUGCUAAAGAGAUAAUUUCAGCUUCUGAGAACAUGGAGUUUCCCUUAGAUGCUGCCAUCAAGAUUAUUUGCGGCAGUGAGUUAAAUUCAAACACACCCAAACCACAGGAAGAAAUGGCUCAGGUUUUGCAGCACAAGUAUGGUCAAAUGGAGACAGAGAAAGCAGACACAUCAGAUAGAACACAUUACUGCAACCCACUGGAACAAGAAGACCAAAUUGACAAACCCUCCAAGGAAGUGAAACUCAUUACUAAAUUAAGAGAUUACUUGACAAAUUUUGAGUCCAUAGUUAGGAAACCAGAGCCAAAGACAUCAGAUACACUCUGUGAAACUGCAACGAAUUUGCCACAGAUUUGUGAAACUCUCCAGAAUAAUGUCAAUGACCAUACAGAGCAACCAGUUCCCCUGGUUGUCCUUGACAGGGUGGAGUUGCGCAAUCUGAGACCUAAUGCAAUGCCUUUCCCAAUAAAGAUAUGCACUCCGAUUAUCAACACAGAGAAUGACCUGAAUCAUAGUAAAGAACAGGAACAAAAGGAGCAAACAAGAGGGAACAAUACAAAGUAUUAUAGCAUUCCUUGCAUUAGCCCUGAUAGCACUUCCAUGUUGGAAGUCCCUGAAAAGUCCACUCAAACUCCCAUGGACAAGAAAACAACUGAAGCAGAAAUCUCCACAGGUGUACCUGACAUUAACCAUGGGAUUACAAUUGCAGAAAAGUAUGCCUUAAGAGAACAGCAAAGACAGCCAAAUUGCACUCUUGAUGCAAACAACAUGAUCAUGCUCAAAGCACUAGCAGAAUUAGAACCUGAAAAUUCUGAAUUUUGUCAAACAAAAGAAAAAGACAACCAGAAGCCAACAAGCCACAUUGUAAGGUUGAACACUAAGACUUUUCAUAGAAACUUCAGUGUGGCUGAUAUCUCAAACGCACUAAAGCAUGGAGACAAAGUAGCUUCCUUUGUUGAACUUUGCCCGUUGCGAACUGAAUGCAAAGUCAUGAUGCAGUACUUCAUCUUAAACUUUGAGAAAAAACAGAAUGUUGAGGCCAAUAGCACUAUCGUCUCAAGGGAUCAGAUUUUAGAGCGAUAUCUGGACCAUCCUCCUGGACCAAUGGAACUGAAGUACGAGGCAUUGAAUUCUUUCCUGGAACUGCAGAUAAUGAUGGAGGCCUGGCAAUUUGUAGAUAACAAGAUGCGAUUUUUGAGUGGACAAUCUACAUUUAGGAGUCUGCUGUGGUACGAUCCCACCCUGUAUGGGGAACUCUUUAAAGGGAAGGUGGGAUUUCAGCAGCAGUCCUCUUUAUAUUCCUCUUUCCAACAAAGCCUCAUCAACGAAGGCCCAAUUGCAUUGCAGAGGUACCAUUUAGCUGUCUCUACAUUGAAUGAACAGCUGAAAAGGGCCCCAGAAAUGUCUUACUACAUGUAUCUCAAAAGCAAAAGAGAGAGGCUGGAGAUUGAGGCUGCAUUACGAAAUCCCUCAGACAUAGAGAGCUUCUUCCUCUCUGUACCACUGUCUUGCAUGGUCAAUUUUGGCGACAGUGUGGAAAGUUUACAGAGGGUCCAGAGGCUUGUGACGACUUUCACCGAGACUCCUGCAGACAAGUUGGAAGACGGAUUUGAUGUUGGAAAGGCUGAGCACCUUGCCAUGGUGUUCCGAUUUCUUCAGGAGAAAAUCUACUAUUUGAAAGCUUGCAGCAACACGAUGGUCAGCAAGAUGUCUUGGUUUGGCAUGGAACACAUCCUGUAUGACGCUUCAAAGAUACUGGUGUGGAGGGAUGCGAAACAGGCUGGGUCAGAUGAGCCGCAGGCGAAAUACAAGAAAGCAAAUCCACAAAUUGUCUAUGGAGUGACCGAAUCUGGUGUCUCACUGUUGCAUACAAGCGUGUCAAAGAGGACCCAGCUCAUGGUUAAGAAAGGGACCUCAGCACAGAGAUUCAGAGGUCGGAGUCAGGGGAGGCUGCCUAUGGAGAACAUUCGCUGUGCUGAGGUUUGUUGAUAUAUUUGCAUUUUUGGGGAUAGAAAUUACAUAUGUAUGAUAUCAAAUAAUUGAAAUUGCCUUCAGUAAUAUGUUUCCCAUGGUGAGAUUUUGAAACUAGUUAAAAGAGAUCAAUAAGACUGUGCUUUUAUUGCUGUAUGGUUUUUAUUUUCCAGAAGAAAAAUCCUCAACAUGGGUCUAUGCCGAUAAUAGACCUCACAAAAUCGUAAGUAAAUUAAAUUUUUUGUUUGUGUCAAUAAGCCAAGGAAGGGGAUCACUGUUAUUUCCAUUGUGUAUCAGAAGCGAAACAUGAAUUAACACAGUAGCAAUUUAUAUGUAAUGUAUUCCCACCAUAUUAAAAACAUCUAUCAUCUAACUUGUUUUUCCACUCCAACUCAAGCCCUAACAGGGAUAACCCAGAUGUAUACCACUGGGCCAAACCCCCAAGCAACCCUGCAGCCCAUUUACAGGCUUGGACACACCAAGAAAAGCUUGUCAAGAGCCAGGUAGUAAACUGGGGUGAAAGGUCACGUGAUACGCAAGCAAUGGAGAGGAAUAUCCCUGCAUCUUCCUUAUCCCGACCUGUGCCAACAUACCCUGAAAUCAGGGCCUGUCUGACGACUAGUAAAAGUGGGACAGCGCCAAACUCACAGAUCCAGUUACCUGCCUCAAUGGGAGGGGUGGGAAGUAAAUCAGAUGGGGGGCAACAGUGGACCAUGAGCUGGAUUCCCCAUAAUCCCCAGAACAUCCAGAACAUGACAGGAAGUGAUCUGAUGCCAAUGCAUCCUCUGUGGAUUGGUGUUGGGGAUAAUAGUCAUCCCCCCAUCAGGGAGCCCGUCCUCUCAGAGCAAACUAAUCCGUCUUCCUGGUCUAGUCUGCCUUCUCCUCCUCCAUCUGUACCAGCAGGAAAUACAGCACAACAAUCUCUGCACUCCCUCACACCUCUCGCCAGCACUACAAAUAAUGUCCAUCCCAUAUGUGAGCCCCUUCCUAUAAAUUACCCAUUUUUCCUCCUGAAUGGUCAAACCUAUUCCACUACCAAUCCUGAAUUAUCCACAGCAACUAUUGAUAACAGAGGGAGAUUUCCUCCCUACAUAGAGUAG